GGCUCUCAUCAUCACCGUCAGCGAUUUGUAAACACAACCUAUAUAUGCAGUAUAUACAGACCACACGUAUUAUCUCAAUUUCACACAUUAACCAUGUGCAAACUGAACUGCUUCAUUAUUCUCCUUUUGCCCUUGAUCUUCUCACCGAAUGGCGAAAUUUUCCGAUUUGCUGAGGGAGGGAAGCGAAGAAUCCACAUCGCGGACGAUCUCGACGACGUGAUUGACGACGAGGAGGACGAGGCCUGGAAGCAGUGGGGCAAGAAACCAACGCCAUCUUCCGAUGAGCUUGAUCCACCGCCUUCCGAUUUGUCCAACAUGGACAUGUCGCAGAUCCAGGAGUUGAUGAUGAAGCAGCAUUUCGGGCCGGUUUUUGGGUUCGUUAAGCUUCGAUUGGGUGUGCGCCGGACUCCGGAUAUGGUGGCUGAGAUUGCAAUGAAAUGGACAAAAGUUCUAAGGACUGGGGCAAUUGAGGUGAAGUUCAUGGGUGUUGAUACCAGCACAAUCAUGCUCACCAUGGAAAAAGGUCAAAACAUGAUUGAAUUGAAGGAGUUCAUCUUAAACCAACCAGAGGCUUAUGAGAUCAAGAUUGGGGAUCAAGUCUUCCGUAGACCUGGAGACCCUCCCUUGGAAGAAGUUAUUGAGAAGCUUCAGAGUAAGAAGGACAAGACGAGUGAUACUACUACUGAGCAUCUGAAAGAAGAAUUGUAGUUUACUAGGAUCUACCUUACAUGCAACUUUUGAGCCAUUAAUCCUAAUAUUAGUUCAUUGUACAUUUAAUCUUGUAGUCUCUAAUUGUAGCACCUUAUCGUCACCCUCCGUUCCUUCCCCUUCAUUUUCCUUUCCAAUCUCAUUUUACCUCCUAGUCUGGCUACGAUUUUUUGAACUGCUAAUCUGGCUACGAUAGUACUCAUAACCCUGAUGUGAUUUUAUGUUUUA